UCGGCCAUCUCGUGGGGUGACCCGCGCGUUGACCUCUUUGGCGUUACAACAGGGUCAACCAUCUGGCACAAGUUCUACACCGGCUGGGACUGGCAGCCGUCUGGGGCCUUCGAGUACAUCUCAUCAACAGCCAGCCCCGACAACUGCCUGACCGCUACAAGCUGGGGUGUAGGACGUCUCGACGUAUUUUACGUGGAUGAGGAGACGGGCGGUGUAUCUCACACGUGUAAGCAUAAUUUUGCUGAUGGCAAAUGGCAAUUUCAAGACCUUGAGAGCCAGGGCGCCGUCGGUAUUGCCUCCUUAUCAUCGGCUGCAGACACAUUCGAUAUCUUUGGGAGGACCGGCGAAGGGUCUUAUGUACACAAAGCCUGGACCGGCGAUGCAUGGUUUCCAAGUGAGGGUUGGGAAGAUUUGGGGGGAUACUUCUCCAGUGAUCCCGCUGUUGUCUCCUGGGGACCAGGUAGGCUGGACAUUAUCGGGCUCUUUGGGUACACCGGCCAACUCCAACACAAGUACUACAACAACGGCUGGUCGCAGUGGGACAUCCUAGGCGGUGGCCCGUUUGUUGGAAACCCCUUGGCUACAUCAUGGGGUCCAGAACGCCUGGACUUUUGGGCGAUUGAUUCGAAAGGGGAGCUGAACCACCUAUACUGGGACGGAAGCCAGUGGUCAGAUUGGGAGCAGCUGGGCGGCGAGUUCACUGGCACGCCUAAGGUUGUGCACUGGAACGCGUCGAGGAUUGACAUUGUCGGCAAGGAUCUCAGCACUUCCAAGUUCCAGCUCAAGAGCUUUGAUGGCACGAAGUGGAACCCAGAUGGGAAGGAUUGGUAUGAACUGGCCGGUCCCUUCGAAUCCGAGCCAGGUCUG